GGCAUUUGGAUGACUAUGGUCUAUGGAUUCUGUUUAGUUGGGUGUAUCUGGCCUCGAUGUUGGAGUGCUGUGUAUGCAUACCUUGAGAACCCCGAGAUGUGUUACUUAAGGUCACAACAUGCACUUGAAAAAAUUGGCAUCGGGGAAACUCUGCCCGUAGCUACACCUUAUGCGACAUCUCCGCCACCUCUAAAGCCAUCUAGUGUUAAAAAUUAUAGCAGCAGGACAUACAAACUAGCUAGCCAUGCCACUGCUAAUUCACUUGAAUCAAUCAUAAUUCUGAUUACACUCAUGCUUUCCCUAAUGUUUCUUAAUUAGUUUCUUGAAAACUCCUGAAUCUUUUUCAUAUCUAACCUAUAUUUCUAUGUUUCUGUAGGUUUGAACUUGCCUUUAACUGAUUGUUGCGACGUUCUUUCAACUAUGCAGAGGUUCAUUCAA